CAUUUUUGCUUCACAGGUGACAUCACUCAGAAGGGCUACGAGAAGAAGAGGACUAAACUCCUGGCUCCCUACAUUAUCCAAACUCCAGUGGCGCCCCCUCAGAACGACGCACAGCCCCCUGCUCCCAGUUCGUCCAGCCACGUCCCCGCUUCGGCCCCCGCCAACUCGUCCCGGUACCGUGAACGCCGCUCUCGCCGGACGCAUCGCAACGGAGGAACCAGGGAUGACCGCUACAGAUCAGAUAUCCAUACAGAGGCUGUCCAAGCUGCACUGGCUAAAAACAAAGAGGAAAAAAUGGCGCUGCCAAUGCCAACCAAGCGCCGCUCCACUUAUGUGCAGUCCCCCAUUGAAACCCGCACACCACCAGAUUCCUCGUCAGGGUCUGAAGAUGAGAUGUCUGCACGCAGGCAGUCUUCGGCGGUCGCUCCUCAGCCUCAAGUCCAUCCCAACCUGCAGAGCUCGGACUACUGGAUGAACCGCUCCGCCCAGGGCUCCUCCACCUCGUCCUCCGCGUCCUCCACGAUGUCUCACGGUGAGGCCAAGCCUCAGGCGCAGAGCCAGCCUCAGCCGCAGUACAAGCCGCAGUACCAGCCGCUGUAUCAGCCUCACCAUCAGCCCCAGCAGCAGCAACCUCCGCAGCAACCUCACCGCCAGCCUCAGGAGCAGAGCCGCGCUGCAGCCGUGGCGGACAUGCUGGCUCACAGUCGCAUUGCUCCUUCUGAGAACUCCGCCCCUCCUCCAGAUGUGACGGCUGUGGCGCCCCCAUCCAGAGGCCCGCGGGUGGACCUGCCCUCCAACGCCGUCGUCCGAGGGAUGAGCCGCGGCCACAGCCGCUCCAGCAUGAUGGAGACCGCCGAUGGGAGAGGUAAUAUGCAGAGAGUUCCUGUGAGCAGCAGAGUUUCCACAAAGAUCCAGCAGCUGCUAAACACUCUGAAGAGGCCUAAGAGACCCCCGCUCAGUGAGUUCUUCACUGACGACUCCGAGGAGAUCGUCCAAGUGCCCCAGCCGGACCCCAACACUCCCCGGCCGGAGGGCCGUCAGAUCAUCCCGGUGAAAGGGGAGCCUCUGGGAGUGGUCAGCAACUGGCCACCAGCCCUGCAGGCGGCGUUGGCCCGCUGGGGGGCCACUCAGGGAAAGAGCCCCGCUCUCACUGCUCUGGACAUCACGGGCAAGCCUCUCUACACCCUGACUUAUGGGAAGCUGUGGAGUCGCAGCGUGAAGCUGGCGUACACACUCCUGAACAAGCUGGGCACCAAGAACGAGCAAAUCCUCAAACCCGGAGACAAAGUGGCGCUGGUGUAUCCAAACAGCGACCCAGGAAUGUUCUGGGUGGCCUUCUACGGCUGCCUCCUGGCUGAAGUCAUACCUGUACCCAUUGAGGUACCGCUGUCUCGCAAGGAUGCAGGUAUCAGUCAGGUGGGCUUCCUGCUCGGCAGCUGUGGAGUCGGUCUGGCUCUGACGAGCGAGAUCUGCCUGAAAGGCCUGCCGAAGACCCCCACUGGUGAAAUACUGCAAUUCAAAGGUUGGCCUCGAAUGAAGUGGGUGAUAACAGACUCUAAAUACCUGACCAAGCCGUCCAAAGACUGGCAGCCGCACAUCCCCACAGCGAACACCGAUCCUGCAUACAUCGAGUACAAGGCCAGUAAAGAGGGCACGGUGGUUGGGGUGGCCGUCUCUAAAGUGGCCAUGCUGACCCACUGUCAAGCGCUGACCCAGGCCUGCAACUACUGCGAGGGGGAAACUUUAGUGAAUGUCCUGGACUUCAAAAAGGACAUGGGCUUAUGGCACGGUGUUCUCACUGCUGUAAUGAACAGGAUACACACCAUCAGCGUUCCCUAUGCCGUAAUGAAAGCUUGUCCUCUCUCCUGGGUGCAGAGGGUCCACAUGAAUAAAGCUCGCGUGGCUUUGGUGAAGUGCCGUGAUCUGCACUGGGCCAUGAUGGCUCAUCGGGACCAGAGAGAUGUCAGCCUGGCUUCACUGCGAAUGCUCAUUGUUGCUGAUGGUGCUAACCCCUGGUCUGUCUCUUCCUGUGAUGCCUUCCUGAAUCUGUUUCAGUCACAUGGACUGAAGCCUGAAGUUAUCUGCCCCUGUGCCGCCUCCCCUGAGGCCAUGACAGUAGCUAUCCGCAGGCCGGGAGUCCCAGGCGCGCCCCUCCCCGCGCGGGCCAUCCUCUCCAUGGGCGGCCUGAGUUACGGGGUCAUCCGGGUCAACACCGAGGACAAGAACUCCGCCUUGACCGUACAAGACGUGGGACACGUCAUGCCUGGGGCUCUGAUGUGUAUAGUUAGGCCAGACGGGCCUCCUCAGUUGUGUAAAACCGACGAGAUAGGAGAGAUAAUAAUCAACUCCCGUGCUGGAGGCACGAUGUACUACGGCCUUCCUGGACUCACCAAAAACACCUUUGAGGUGAUACCGGUUAACGCUAAUGGAGUUCCUAUUGGAGAGAUUCCAUUUGUGCGGUCAGGACUCCUGGGGUUUGUUGGCCCAGGCAGUUUGAUCUUUGUGGUGGGGAAGAUAGAAGGCUUACUGAUGGUGAGCAGCCGGAGGCACAACGCCGACGACCUGGUGGCCACCGCUCUGGCCGUGGAGCCGGUCAAGACGGUGUACCGUGGAAGGAUCGCUGUGUUUUCAGUCACCGUGUUCUACGAUGAGAGGGUCGUAAUUGUCGCGGAGCAAAGGCCAGAUGCCAGCGAGGAGGACAGCUUCCAGUGGAUGAGCAGAGUGCUUCAGGCCAUCGACAGCAUCCACCAGGUUGGCCUUUACUGUCUGGCUCUGGUCCCGGCCAACACCUUGCCCAAAACACCCCUCGGCGGCAUCCACAUCUCCGACACCAAGCAGUUCUUCUUGGAUGGGAACUUGCACCCCUGCAACAUCCUGAUGUGCCCCCACACGUGCGUCACCAACCUGCCGAAGCCCCGCCAGAAGCAGCCGGUCGGAGUCGGUCCUGCGUCCGUCAUGGUGGGGAACCUGGUGGCGGGGAAGCGGAUCGCCCAGGCUGUAGGGAGGGAUCUGGGCAUGAUCGAAGACCAGGAUCUGGUCCGAAAGCUCUGUAUGUGGCCCACUGUGAUGCAUCAGUAUUUGACUGAAGCUCUUCAGUGGAGGGCCCAGACUGACCCGGACCAUGUUCUCUACGUUCUCCUUAAUGCAAAGGGUGUGUCAGUUGGGACAGCGACCUGCGUCCAGCUUCACAAGAGAGCAGAGAAGAUAGCAGCUGCCCUUUCUGAGAAAAGCAGCAUCAACACCGGGGAGAAUGUGGUGCUGCUCUAUCCUCCUGGGAUCGAUUUGAUCGCGGCCUUCUACGGCUGUCUGUACGCCGGCUGCGUUCCGGUCAACGUCAGGCCUCCGCACCCGCAGAACCUGGCAGCCACUCUGCCGACUGUUCGGAUGAUCAUUGACGUCAGCAAAGCCGCGUGCAUCCUCACCACGCAGAACCUCAUGAGGAUCCUGCGCUCCAAAGAGGCUGCAGCAUCCGUCAACAUCAAAACCUGGCCAACCGUCAUUGACACAGACGACCUCCCUCGCCGACGCCCUCCACAGAUCUACAAACCUCCCACAGCAGAGAUGAUCGCUUAUCUGGACUUCAGCGUCUCCACUACAGGCAUGCUCACUGGCGUCAAGAUCUCUCACGCAGCAGUCAGUGCCCUUUGUCGCUCCAUAAAGCUGCAGUGUGAGCUUUACUCUUCUCGCCAAAUUGCCAUCUGUCUGGAUCCUUACUGCGGUCUGGGCUUCGUCUUGUGGUGCCUUGCAAGUGUUUACUCUGGCCACCAGUCUAUCCUGAUCCCUCCUUUUGAGCUGGAGAGCAGCGUGUCUCUGUGGCUGAGCACGCUCAGUCAGUACCGCAUCAGGGACACUUUCUGCUCCUACUCCGUCAUGGAGCUGUGCACUAAAGGGCUGGGCACUCAGACCGACUUACUGAAGGCCCGCGGGGUGAACCUGUCGUGCGUGCGGAGCUGCGUCGUGAUAGCGGAGGAGCGUCCUCGUCUUGUCCUCUCGCAGUCCUUCUCCAAGCUGUUUAAGGACGUGGGGCUGUCGUCCAGGGCGGUCAGCACAGCUUUUGGCUCCAGAGUUAACCUUGCUAUCUGCCUGCAGGGAACCACAGGCCCUGAUCCCUGCACGGUGUAUGUGGACAUGAAGUCUUUACGUCAUGACAGAGUGAGGCUGGUGGAGAGAGGAGCACCUCAGAGUCUUCCUCUGAUGGAGUCUGGCAAGAUCCUGCCAGGCGUCAGGGUGAUCAUCGUGAACCCAGAGACCAAAGGUCCACUCGGCGAUUCUCACCUGGGGGAGAUCUGGGUGAACAGCCCUCACAAUGCCAGCGGUUACUACACCAUCUACGGCGAGGAGAGUCUUCAGGCCAACCACUUCAACACCAAGCUCAGCUUUGGAGACCCGCACACUUUGUGGGCCAGAACUGGAUACUUGGGAUUCGUGAAGAGGACAGAGCUGCUGGACGCAAGUGGAGAUCGGCAUGACGCUCUAUUUGUGGUUGGGUCACUGGAUGAGACGCUAGAGCUACGAGGGUUACGCUACCACCCCACCGACAUCGAAACAUCCGUGUCACGAGCUCACCGGAGUAUAGCUGAGAGUGCUGUGUUUACAUGGACCAACCUGCUGGUGGUGGUGUCGGAGCUGUGCGGCUCGGAGCAGGACGCGCUGGACCUCGUGCCCCUCAUCACAAACGUGGUGCUGGAGGAGCACCACCUCAUCGUGGGCGUGGUGGUGAUCGUCGACCCGGGCGUCAUACCCAUCAACUCCAGGGGCGAGAAGCAGCGGAUGCACCUGCGUGACUCGUUCCUCGCCGACCAGCUGGAUCCCAUCUACGUUGCGUACAACAUGUGAGGAGCUUGUGGCCAUCCGAUGGGUGCGAUCUCUGGAUCCGUCUUCUGCGGCGUCGCGGGCUCGAUGGAGUGUGUGUGUGUGUGUGUGUGUGUGUGUGUGUGUGCGUGUGUGUGUGUGUGGAGAGCAGAAAAGCAUGAAGCACGUGUACAGACACGCAGCCACGUGUGACACCAGCAUAUCUACACCACUGCAUGUCUGUGUUUGGGGUUGAACACUGUGUUUUUUCUAUGAACAUAAAAUCAUGCAGACAAGGCAGUGAACGUACCGUAAGAUGAAAGGCAAAGCAAAGUCUCUGAUGCACUUUUUUUCUGUGUAGAAAUGACAAAAUAAGACGACAGGUCAAUUUUGAUAACAAAAACUGGCGUCCUGUCUUGGUGAAAGUCUGUCCCCUUCACGUCCACACAGAGCUACUAAUCUCAACACGGCUUGAAGUAUUUUUGUACGUUCAACUUUCAAGCAAGCUCAUCCCCAAACGCAUGUCCCGAGCCCCUUCAUUUCAUUUCUUAGCAACGUGGAUAAGCAAGAGGACAAGCCAUGAAGACAGACCUCUGUCUCAGCCAGUGUGCAUACUUAGAAAUCUGUUCCCCUACUUUUAUCGAAACCAAAUAGAUAAUUCCUGCUUUGAUAUAUUUCCUGCCUUACAAAACUUCAGCCAUACAUUCCUAUCUUUAACUUUUAAUAAAAUUGCUAUUAAUGGCUUUUAGAUUCUUCCUUAACAAGUGGAGCAAAAGUUCUGACAAAUAUCCAAAAGGGACGAUAACAAAACAAGAGCCCAUACACUGUACUGUAACAAAGAAAAGGGUAUCUUUGUAUUUUCGAUACUGUAUGUCACUGUAUAGAUAUUUUUAUUUGUAUAAAUGUAUAAUUGUUUUGUUCACCUUUCUCAGCUGCUCCUCUCUGAAUAAGUAACUGAGCUGGGAGGCUGUAACAGUAGCAGGAAGAAGAUUGUAAAUAGGAUCUAACAGUUAAAAGUACUUUUGUUUGGGGAUAUUAGCUAUAUAUGGGAUUAUUAAAGAUAAAUAACUUUAAAUCAUUAUGUAUCGGUAUGGAUAUAACGUUGCACUUUUUGAAGAAACAAAAAAAGAAAGAUCUAUUUUAUUAUAACAAUGAGGCAUUAUGAGCAUAUGGUUCAGGAGCACGUUAUUCUGAGCAGAAUAAUCCAACGUUUACUGGGAGGGCUAUCACUGUUAAUGCAGGAACUUUCCCCCGUUAGUGUCUGUAAGGAAGGCUGCACAACUAAUAAUAUGACUGUUUUCAGGCGGACGGGUUACUUUGUGGAAAAAAAAAAAGAAGUAUAAAAAAUGAUGUCCACUUACAUCCAUGGCCACCACUCUGCCAAACAGUUGUGUAAAACAUUAUGGAGCGAUAAGUUCAAACCAGGUUCCUCUCGGCAUUCAAAAGCUCAAACUUUUUUCUUUUUUUUUUUUUUUUAAUGUGUUUGUGCAACUUUUUGUAUAUAAUUAUUUUGAAUUCUCAAAGCAAUGUUGUUUGUACUGUAACAGGCA